AUGGGUGGGGGGGGUAAUUAUUUUGUGGGGGGGGGGUGGGUGAAUGGGUAUAGGGAUGGGGGUGGAUUGGGGGGUGUGGGGGGGGUUGAAGAAGGGUUGGUAGGAGGGGGGGUAAGUGAGUGUAUUGUUGUAAUGGGGUGGGGUGGGGGGGGUGGGGGGGGGUUGGGGGGGGUUGGGUUUAUAGGGGGUGGGGUGGGGGUUGGGGUGUAG